GAUCUCUCAUUAACUAUUACAGGUCACCACAACGAGAAGGACGUUCCCUUCAUCUGGAUGCUGGAUUCCCCACCUCAUGAGUGGAAAAGGAAAACUGUAACUAGACGAUUUCCUUUCUGGCUCUAGGUGGUCGAUUGAUGCAAAGGGCCGUCUGCUUGAUAAAUGGUCGUGAUGUUCCAACUUAUUUCUCCAUGUCCACGUGGAUGUUAGGCAUUUCGUCCAGAAGACUGAAAAUUUAGAGCGAGGCCCAGAUUGUUUGUGUUGAAAAAUGUAACAAAGACUUCGUCUUUACUGGUAAGCAAAACAAGACAAGGAUGGUGCAAAUCCAGGUGAAGCAGGACGAGGAGAAGCAAUUCCUAUACCAUUGCCUGAGCACUACAGGGGUCAACGAGAUUGCCAAAGACGUGAUCGAGAUAGCCAAUCUUCAAACCAGGACACAGCGUUUCGUCCUCGCACUUGAGCCGCGUCUCCUCCAACUUGGGGUGGCGGGAGGUUAUCUAAAUGCAGCAUCAAUACCUUUAAGGAGAGCCUUGUCAGAAGCCAAGACAUAUGCAUCUAAGGACCAAGUUCUCAAUAAGAAGCCUUUAUCACCUCAUGUCUUGAAAGACCAUAUACAAGCAAUAGAGAGGGAAGUCAUGGUGAACCAAUCUUUGGAUUUGUCAGAUUCCACUCAACUACAGCAACUAUUUUCUGGUUCCUCCUCAGACUUGAAACUCAUGCAAGAGGAUACUACCCAACUUUGGUGGGCGGGGAAAGAGCUAAUGAGAAAUAAACGACUCUGUGAUUACAUUGGUGAAAAUGAGAAAACAAAGAUCAUGAUCCGAUUGCAGCUGCCUGCCUCAGAUCCAGGUCAUUCUAUGAUUGCAGUAACUUCAAGUAGCAAUGAAUGUAGGCCAACUGAAAGAGCACAAGGUUGACAUGAGAAGAAUGAGGAUAGAACAUUGAAUCUGCAAUUCUGGUUGAGUCUUCAAAAAAUGUUCGUGAAUAGAGUCUGAGGUUCCCAAUGGUCCUGCAAUUUUCAUGUGUUUCGAGUGAAGAGAAGGUCCUUUGCACUCCGGUAAGCUGCCAACUAUCCUUGUGAAGUAAACUGUUAUGGUCCCAAGAUUGCCCUUUCCAUAGAUGCUUACUGCAAAAAAUAUUAUGGCAGAUUUGGGUUUUCUUGGGCUUGUAUGACAGAGUUUUAUAAAAGAAACAAGUGAAAAAGAAUGGUUAUAACUUUGAC